AUGAAACGCUUGCCUCGCAUGUCAUAUGUCCGGGGUUCAGCUCCCGGCGCGUCCACUGGGUAUGCACUGCUAAUGAGCUAUAGUAAGAGCGAAACUCGGGUCCAGUACAUCCCCCCUCGGUGUGGACUCACCGGAAUAAUUGCUCCAGAACGGGAGGACGACCAUUCAAACAAGAGUGGCGAAGUGUUUGACUAUCUGGUCACUAAUGGCCGAAUGAAAGAGAAGGAAGCUCGUGUGAAAUUUCGACAACUUGUUUCGGCCGUUGAGUAUUGUCACAGCAAAAAGAUUGUCCACCGAGAUUUGAAGGUCAGAUGGGGACCGCGUGAUCCUCACUGUGCCUGGUUGGAGACACUGCCAACCGAUGUCAGUGGCGUUCUUGUUGUCCGUUUAUAUCCAGAUCGCCUGAGUGAGUGUCUGCUUUCAAAUAAGUCAUGGUUGUACGGCAGUGAAGCAUCGGUGUUGAACACUGAUGUCAUGCUGUCGAUGAUGAUGAUGACGUCUCAAUGGCUCAAUAUGCCCAUAGCGGAAAAUUUGUUACUGGACAAGGACUACAACAUAAAACUUGCCGACUUCGGAUUUUCCAAUUUUUACGAUGGUGAGAAUAAACUGGACACCUACUGCGGCAGUCCUCCGUACGCGGCACCCGAACUGUUCCAGGGGCAAAAGUAUUUCGGUCCCGAAGUGGACGUCUGGUCCCUGGGGGUGAUCCUCUAUACUCUGGUCAGCGGCUCACUCCCUUUCGAUGCUCAGCAUCUCAAAACUCACCUUGUUUCUGUGUCAAGUGCUUUCCGGUUGGUUUCCAGUGGUCUAUCAAUAAAACUUUUCAGUCAUGCAGAUCAUAGAGCAGCUCCUUCAUUCAGGGACUACAUGCGAAUUCCAAGAAGCAAAAUUUGGAGGCAGUGCGGAAUGAAUGUUAGUGGGCAAGGAAUGAUAGUUCCUCUGCCAUGA